UCUGCGCAUGCGCGGGGAUGUCAGCUGGGCACUAAGGAGGCAGCAUCAUGGCGGCCUCCACUCUUAGUGUGCAGUGUGUUUUAAGGAGAGCAAUGGUCCCGUCUUUAGUUGUGAUUCUGGGAGCUACCGGCACCGGGAAGUCCAAACUGGCAAUCGAGAUCGGAAAGCGGCUUCAGGGCGAAGUAAUCAGCGCCGACUCCAUGCAGGUAUACAAGGGUUUGGACAUUAUCACGAAUAAGGUGACUGCUGAGGAGCGUGCCCAGUGCCCACAUCACAUGAUUGGCUUUGUGGACCCAUUGGUGAGGACCUACACGGUGGUGGACUUCAGGAAUAAAGCACUGGAGCUCGUAGAUGACCUGCACAGCAGAAACAAGCUGCCGAUCAUUGUUGGAGGAACAAACUAUUACAUUGAGUCUCUGCUGUGGAGAGUCCUGCUGGACCCGGGGCAGGAGAACGAGGACUCGGGGGAUGGAGCAGAUGGAGGCCAAAAUAGGAAGUUGGAGCUGGAGAAACUGGGAGGAGAGGAGUUGUAUAAAAGACUGGCUGAGGUGGACCCCAAAAUGGCCUCUGUGCUGCACCCAAAUGACAAGCGCAAGAUAGCCAGAAGUCUUCAAAUUUACAAAGACACGGGUGUCCCUCACAGCUACUGGCUGGAGGAGCAGAGGCAAGGAGGUGACAGUCUUGGAGGACCCCUCAGGUACCCAGACCCCUGCAUCUUCUGGCUGCAUGCAGACAUGGAAGCUCUGGACCAGCGGUUGGAUGCUCGUGUAGAUGAGAUGUUGUCUGCAGGCAUGAUAGAGGAACUUAGAGAUUUCCAUCUCCGAUACAACCAACAGAAAGUCCAGGAUGACAGUCAAGACUAUCAACACGGGAUUUUCCAGUCGAUCGGUAUGAAGGAGUUUCAUGACUACCUGACUGCUCCGGAAAGCAGCAGUCAGCAGGAGAAAGACAAACUAAGAGACAAAGGUAUAGAAGCUUUGAAAAUUGGCACAAAGCGCUACGCCCGCAAACAGAAUAAAUGGGUCCGUAAUCGUUUCCUUAAACGACCAGGAGACGGAGUCCCAGAUGUGUACGGCCUGGAUGUGACAGAUGUGUCGAGGUGGGAGGAGACUGUGCUGAAGCCUGCACUGCAGAUCCUGGACAGUCUCAGCAAGGGUGAGGAACCAGCUUCGGCCCCCAUCAGAGUUCAGGGGCAGAGAAACAAACGCAGCCACCACACCUGCGACCUGUGCGACAAAAUCAUCAUUGGAGACCUGGAGUGGGCAGCUCACCUCAAAUCCAAAAAGCAUCACUAUCAUGUGAGGAAGAGGAGGAAGUCUGAUCCAGGAGGUGGUCAACCCAAGAGCACUACUGCAGCUCCCAUCUUUGCAGAAGGCCCCGCCACAAAGGACAGUAAUGGUGCUGAAGCCCUGGACUGUACUGAAACCUCUCAGGGUUCUUCCUAAGAAACGAGGACAAAAGAUUAGUACCAGGGACACUUUGAAAGCUUUGUCCUCUCUGUCCUACAUCUGUGUUAAUUCAGGUUUCCACCCCCUCUGAACACCUCUGACUUCUGUACUUUGCUGCAUGUUGUUAUUGUUCAGAAAUACUAUAAGCGACCUUAAUAAUAGACAAAAAGCUGAUCUGAAAUUCUGUUUUGUUGCCUGUUUAAUUGCAAGGCUAAGUUUGAUACAUUUGUGGAUUUUUUUCAAAGAAAAUGCUGUAUAUGAGGCACUGAUAUUUUUAUUGAUUUCCUUAUUGCUACAAUCAGUUUUCCAAAAGAUUGCAUUUCAAACUUUCACCUGCCUCUGUUUGUUUUGACUUUAAUAAACCUGAGUUAUAUUAAAAGGUU